AUGGCCAAAGUUGACCACAACGAACACCUCGAUGUUCCCCUAACCGACAGGAGGCAAACCACGGUGCCAGAGGUGCCGGCCUUUGCCGAGCAUGGCCCUCUUGUCGACCACAAGGUGCCCCAGGCGGAUGUCGUCCAACAAGAGCCCGACUUGGCUUGGAGUCGGAUUCGACACACUCUCCGAGAGCCUUUAUCCGAAUUCUUCGGCGUCUUCAUUUUGAUCAUGUUCGGCGACGGUGUCGUCGCUCAGGUCGUUCUCAGCAAUGGCGAAAAGGGCGAUUACCAAUCAAUCUCCUGGGGCUGGGGUCUCGGUGUCAUGUUGGGCGUCUAUUCAUCGGGAAUUUCAGGGGCCCAUUUGAAUCCCGCCGUGACCCUGGCGAACUGCAUCUACCGCAAAUUCCCGUGGCGAAAGUUCCCAAUCUACAUGCUUGCUCAACUGCUGGGCGCCAUGGCGGCGGCGGCCGUCGUCUAUGGCAACUACAAAUCGGCAAUUGAUGUCUUUGAGGGAGGGCCAGGCAUCCGCACCGUCGGGGGCGCGACCUCGACUGCGGGUAUCUUCUGCACCUACCCUGCCGAGUUCAUGACCAAGACAGGUCAAUUUUUCUCGGAAUUCAUUGCCAGCACUCUCUUGAUGUUCUUGAUCUACGCCCUAAAGGACGAUGGGAACAUCGGCGCCGGUCCUUUGACCCCUCUCGGCCUGUUCUUCAUCAUUUUCGGCAUUGGUGCAUGCUUUGGCUGGGAGACUGGCUAUGCCAUCAACCUUGCCCGUGACUUUGGCCCUCGUCUGGUCUCUUACAUGAUCGGCUAUGGCCAUGAGGUUUGGUCCGCCGGUGGCUACUAUUUUUGGGUUCCCAUGGUCGCUCCUUUCUGUGGCUGCGCAUUUGGAGGCUGGCUCUACGAUAUGUUCCUCUUCACCGGUGAAAGCCCGAUCAACACUCCAUACCUGGGAUUGCAACGCUUUUUCCAACCCAAGCGAUCCGUCUGGUCAAACACAUACAGCGACAGCCAGGUGUGA